ACCGGAUGAUGACAGAAGUUUGCGGUUUAAUGUGGAGACUUUUAUCAUGCAGUCUUCCAGCUUUUAACCUCUCUGGGAUUCUGACGCUGUAGGGGCUGUUGAAUCUAACUUGCUUGUACUCAAAGACAGUCAGACAGCCUGCUGUGCCAUCUGGGAACUUUGUGUCUGCAGCUGGAAGAGCGACCCUCUGGCUCUCAUUUAUCCGGGUUGGAGAGCAGAAAAGAGCCCACUGGGCUGACCGAGGCGCCGCGAUGGGAAACCGGGGAAUGGAAGACCUCAUUCCCCUGAUCAACAAGCUCCAGGACGCCUUCAGCUCCAUCGGACAGACCUGCAACUUGGACCUGCCGCAGAUAGCGGUUGUCGGCGGCCAGAGCGCAGGGAAGAGCUCGGUGUUGGAGAAUUUUGUUGGAAGGGACUUCUUGCCAAGAGGAUCUGGCAUCGUCACCCGUCGCCCUCUCAUUCUGCAGUUGGUAAACAGUAAAGCAGAAUAUGCAGAGUUCCUGCACUGUAAGGGCCGUAAGUUUGUGGACUUUGAUGAGGUCCGUCAGGAGAUUGAAGCCGAGACUGACCGGCUUACAGGAUCCAAUAAGGGCAUCUCCCCCAUCCCCAUCAACCUGCGUGUUUACUCCCCUAAUGUGCUGAACCUGACACUGAUUGACCUGCCGGGGAUGACCAAAGUUGCUGUGGGGGACCAGCCUCAUGACAUCGAGUUUCAGAUCAGAGACAUGCUGAUGCAGUUUAUCACCAAGGAGAGCUGUCUGGUCCUCGCUGUCACCCCAGCUAACACUGACCUGGCAAAUUCUGAUGCCCUCAAGAUCGCCAAGGAAGUGGACCCUCAGGGGCUGCGGACUAUCGGUGUGAUCACAAAGCUGGACCUGAUGGACGAGGGGACGGACGCGCGAGACAUCCUGGAAAAUAAACUACUGCCACUCCGCAGAGGCUACAUCGGGGUGGUGAACCGCAGCCAAAAGGACAUCGAUGGGAAGAAAGACAUCCGUGCUGCUUUGGCUGCUGAGAGGAAAUUCUUCCUGUCCCACCCUGCGUACAGACACAUCGCAGAACGCAUGGGCACACCACACCUGCAGAAGACGCUCAAUCAGCAACUUACCAACCACAUUCGAGACACGUUGCCAGGCCUGCGCAGUAAGCUGCAAAGCCAGCUGCUGUCGCUGGAGAAGGAGGUGGAGGAGUAUAAAAACUUCCGGCCCGAUGACCCUGCACGCAAAACCAAGGCGCUACUUCAGAUGGUGCAGCAGUUUGGUGUAGACUUUGAGAAGUGCAUUGAAGGCUCUGGAGAUCAGGUGGACACCUCCAACCUGUCUGGUGGAGCAAAAAUCAACCGUAUCUUUCAUGAGAGGUUUCCUUUUGAGCUGGUGAAGAUGGAGUUUGAUGAGAAGGAGCUGAGGAAAGAGAUCAGCUACGCCAUCAAAAACAUCCACGGUGUCAGGACAGGCCUUUUCACCCCAGACCUGGCGUUUGAGGCCAUAGUGAAAAAGCAGAUCAUUAAGCUGAAAGAGCCGUGUCUGAAAUGCAUCGACCUGGUCAUCCAGGAGCUCAUCAACACAGUCAGACAGUGCACUAAUAAGCUGGGAUCAUACCCUCGACUGAAAGAAGAGACCGAGAGGAUCGUCACCACCUACGUCAGAGAGAGAGACAGCAAGACCAAAGACCAGGUGCUGCUUCUGAUAGACAUUGAGCUCUCCUACAUCAACACCAACCAUGAAGAUUUCAUUGGGUUUGCCAAUGCUCAGCAGAGGACGGCUGCUAACGCCACCAAGAAGAGAGUCAUGCCCAACCAGGUGAUCCGUAGAGGUUGGCUCACAAUCAACAUCAGUAUCAUGAAGGGAGGAUCCAAGGAUUACUGGUUUGUCCUGACGGCAGAGUCCCUCUCCUGGUACAAAGAUGAAGAGGAGAAAGAAAAGAAGUACAUGCUGCCUCUUGAUAACCUGAAGCUGAGAGACGUGGAGAAGGGCUUCAUGUCCAGUAAACAUGUCUUUGCCAUUUUCAAUACUGAACAGAGGAAUGUGUAUAAGGACCUGCGUCAGAUCGAGCUGGCUUGUGACACCCAGGAGGAUGUGGACAGCUGGAAGGCUUCCUUCCUGCGAGCAGGUGUUUACCCAGAGAAAGACCAGCCUGACAACGAAGAAGCCAUGAAUUCAAAUGACACCGUGUCUAUGGACCCUCAGCUGGAGCGUCAGGUGGAGACCAUCCGCAAUCUUGUGGACUCGUACAUCGGCAUCGUCAACAAGUCCAUCAGAGACCUCAUGCCCAAGACCAUCAUGCACCUCAUGAUUAACAGUGCUAAGGACUUCAUCCACUCAGAGCUGUUGGCUUACCUGUACUCUGCAGGGGAUCAAGGUAGCAUGAUGGAGGAGUCACCAGAGCAGGCACAGAGGAGGGAUGAGAUGCUGAGGAUGUAUCACGCUCUAAAGGAGGCCCUAGUCCUCAUUGGAGACAUCAGUACCAGCACGAUCUCCACCCCAGUCCCCCCACCAGUAGACGACACCUGGAUUGCUAAGGAUCCAAGUCCCCCUCCAGCAUCCCGUCCUGCAGCAGCCACAGCGCUCCCUCCUGGGCGACCUCCAGCAGUACGAGGGCCAACUCCAGGUCCUCCGCUUCCUCUCAACCCAUCACCAGCAUUCGGAGCCCCGCCUGUUCCAUCUCGACCCGGCCCGGAUCCCGUGUCCGGUGCUGUUCCUCUUGUCCCCUCCAGGCCGGCUCGCGUGCCACCUGCUCUACCACCGGGGAUCCCCAGCAGAAGACCUCCAGCUGCUCCCAACCGACCCACUGUCAUCCGUCCUUCAGAGCCCUCCCUGCUCGACUAGAAACAGAAACUUUCUCUUUGUUUAUACUUUUAUAUGAGCAGAAAUAUUCCUUUUUUAUGUUUAUUCAUUUAACUACAAACUUAGUUCUACUGUAACUGGUAAUCAGAUGCUGUUUCAGUCUGUGCAUUUCAGAAAGAUUCUGUAUGUAAUUUUGACUUUACAAAGUAUACAAAGAAAUAUUCUGCAUUCAGUCUUAUGAUAAAGGGAACAUUCAAUGAUUUUAUUGACUUACAGAUUAUAAACCCAAGAGUCUAAGUGGAUUUUUAUUUCAUUUGAACGUGUCUUUAAGAUAUUAUUCGUAACUUUUAUGUAAUGCUAAAAUGUAAUGUCUUUUUAACAUUUUGUCAGUAAUCUUAAACAUGAAGCACCUCAUGAAGGAAGCAGCACUUUUUGAUGGAGCCUUUUUUAUUCAUUGAUCUUUAAAGAUCCAGAUUAGUUUAUCAAAAUUAGACCAGCUAAUUACAUUUUAAUGCAUCGUGUAGCUGCUAAGCCUUUUAUUACAAGGAUAUGGAAACACACUGCUGCCACAGAAAUAUCUCUUCAGUUGAAAAGCGUAUUUUUCUUACAGCUUGUCUUUUAAUGUCAUAGCUAUGUGAAUCUUUCACUAUCUUAUGAUUCGGAUCAUUUCAAUUCUGGAAGUGAGGAUGCGAUUAAAAGCUAUUUUUGAUACAGAUCCCAUUAUUUGAUUCCCAGCAUAUUCCCUAUUUGUUACAGUGCAUUCAGAAAGUAUUCAAACCCCUCACUUUUUUCCAGUUUUGUUAUGUUGCAGCCUGAUGUUGCAAUAAAAACAUUUUUCCCAGUACCCCACAAUGACAAAGUGAAAACAACAACUU